AUGAGUGACACUGGUACUGGUCGGCACUCGUAUGCGGGCAGGAAUCUGGCCAUCAAUGGCAUUCUCUGCGGGAUGACAGUUCUUGUCGUUAGUGCGAGGAUAUUUGUUAGGGCUGUCAUGUUGAAGACGGUGGGGACUGAUGAUUGCUUUAUCAUCGCGGCAACGGUUCUUGGCGCCAUUGUCUUUACAUGCUAUAUUGGAGGAACGAAGAAUGGAAGAGGCAGGUAUACCGUUGAUAUUAGCCCUGAUGAGAUGGCAAGAAUGCUGCAUUGGGAGUUUUACCACUCGAUCGCAAACACCGUCGGCAUCGCUCUCGUCAAAUUCUCGGUGGCGUUUUUCCUCCUCAGACUGGUGCCGGGAAGAAGGUUCAAGAUGUUCUUAUGCGGCGCUAUUACAUUCUUGGUACUUUUCACAAUAGCCAGUACUACUGUAGUUGUAUUCUCAUGCACACCGAUCCGAGCAAGUUGGGACAGAAUGGGUGAACCUGAUGCGAAGUGCUUCAGCAAGGAAACGUUCACGGCUCUCGGCCUUACCAACAGCAUCGUGAACAUCCUCACCGACGUCCUCUUCGCAACGCUCCCGAUUCCAGUCAUCUUGAAGCUCCAAGUCAACACGCAAGCGAAGCUCUCCCUCGUCUUGAUCUUGUCGCUGGGAUACUUUGCCUGCGCCUGUGCCAUCAUCAAGACGAGUCUCCAGGUCCAUAUCCUGGAUAACCCCAACGCCUGGCAUCAAGACGCCUUCUUCAUGUGGGGAAGCGCCGAGUUCUACACGGGAAUCCUCGCAUCGUCGCUCCCGACUCUACGUCCCCUGUUCAGAACCUUCUUCGAACUGCACUCGCGCAUGGGGAAAUCCUCCUCGGCGCAGAAUGGUCGAUACUAUGUCCAAGAUGACAGUUUCGGUAUGGACAAGUUGCAGCGGAAAGAAAAAUAUCACGUCCGCGUGAGCGCGGCGGGACUACCGUCGAAACAGAGCCGCACGUCCACCAUUUCGCCCAGUCCAGGGCGAGUCGAUAGCGAGGAGGACGUCGAGAGUAAAGGGGACGCAGAUAGCUUGGAUAUCAUUCUGCCGGUGCAGGGCAGGGGUGACGCUGCUAUGAUGGGCAUCACGAAGACGGUGGAUGUCAGCGUGGAGGGGACGACGCAGGAUGUGCCGUUCGGCGAGAGCCAGAAAGGAGACGGUGCCCAAACCACCUUCCCAUGA